ACUGAAUCCAUCUAAGAAAACAACUCCUCGCAGGGAGUCCGGGCUCUGAGCUGCGGAGACACUGAAGGCAAGUUUGCGCUCCCCGUUAAACGGCGCACCGGAGCGGACCGGACGGACGAACGCAGCUGGCCGUCAUGGCCCGUGGCGGACACUUGGGCGAGUGCGUCCUCACCGAGUGUGGAAGGGGAGAGGUGGGCGCCGCGAUCACCCUGCCGCCGCUGUCUUUGCGCCGCUGCUGCUGCUGCUGCGGACGGUGUUGAGUUAACGCGGAGGAGCUGAAGGGAACGAACACAGACCAAAAAAAAAAAAAAAAAGUGCGGACAGCGGUGAGGACAACCGAGCGGGACCCAUGCAGGGAAAUAUGCUGUUCCGUACAAUCACCGGGCUGCUGAUCGGAACCGACUGUUACCGAACGGACCUUUACGCACGGUCGUACAGCGGGACCGCAUGAAGGACGGAGGCGCGGGGGAAAAGUUGAACGGGUUUUGUGAUGGAUAAAUGCUCGCCAAAGGUCUGUGGAUCCAAAUGUCACCCCCCCUGGACUCUGCCCUGGUCGGGGACCGGCUGCGUGUGACGGACAGGCGAGUAGAGCCUGCGGUGGCUCUCUUACUGCGCGGCUUUAAAUUGGCCCUGGCUGAGCUCUGCAUGGAGCAGCGAGUGAAGAGUCCGGCUACGGUCUGAUGUCUCAGCAUGGAUGGAGUCAGUCAGAGGACUGGCCACCACUAAUGAGACCAUCGCUCUUCAGCUGAGGACUAGCAUUUACAGGAUUACUCCCACGGCUUCCUGCUAACUGCAUCAUUACCAAGCUAGUUGGACCUUUCGUGGCUCUGGUUUUUGGUGGAUAUAUACGUCAUUCUGAUUUUCAUAUUACUCCCUUUUCAGUUUUUCUUUGUCUUUUUUUUUUGGUUUCCCUUUUCCUGUUUUGGUUUUCCACUAUGGAGUUUCUGGCCAGACCUUGGAAUAAAGAUUGGGCUUCAUUCUUGCAGUUUUGGUUGACUGUCAUCCUGAGCCUCCAAAUGCAGUUCAGCCCGGGCGCCUCUUGCCCGGAGGAGUGUCGUUGUGACAAAACGUUUGUGUACUGCAACGAGCGCAGCCUGACAUCAGUGCCUCUGGGGAUACAGGAGGGCUACACGGUCCUCUACCUUCACAACAACCAGAUCAACAAUGCUGGCUUCCCUGUGGAGCUUCACAACGUGGCCUCUGUGGAGACCGUGUUUCUCUACGGCAACCAGCUGGAUGAGUUCCCCGUCAAUCUGCCCAAAAACACCAGAGUCCUGCACCUCCAGGAGAACAAUAUCCAGACCAUCUCCAGAGCGGCCCUGGCGCAGCUCACUCGACUGGAGGAGCUGCACCUGGAUGAUAACUCCAUCUCCACGGUGGGGGUGGAGGAAGGGGCCUUCAGGGAGGCGGUGAGCCUCAAACUCCUCUUCCUCACCAAGAACCACUUAAGCAGCGUUCCCAUCGGCCUCCCGGAGGACCUGAAGGAGCUGCGGUUGGAUGAGAACCGCAUCGCUCAUAUAGCAGAGGAGGCCUUCCAGAAUGUGACACGCCUGCAGCGCCUCCUGCUGGACGGGAACCUGCUGACGGAUGAGGGCAUCGCGCCGGGGACCUUCCAGGACCUGGCGACCCUCCGUGAGCUGGCCCUGGCCCGUAACUCACUCACCUUCCCCCCUCCGCUCCUCCCGAGCCAGUCGCUGGUCAAACUCAGCCUGCAGGAGAACCAGAUCAACCAGAUCCCUGUGGCGGCCUUUGCUGACCUCAACAGGCUGGAAAAACUGGAUAUCUCCAGCAACCAGCUGCAGACGCUGACGCAGGGCGUGUUCGACGGCCUGUCGAGCCUGAAGCAUCUCGUGGUGCGGAACAACCCGUGGCGUUGCGAUUGCGCCGUGAAGUGGGUGGUGGUGUGGCUCAAGUCUUUGCCGCCCUCCAUAAACGCCCGCGGCUUCACGUGCCUGAGUCCGGACAAGGUGCGCGGCAUGGCAAUCAGAGAGCUCACGCUGGAUAUUAUCGAGUGCCCCGUGGACGCCGACCAGCUGCCCUGGCCCACGCUCCGCUCCACUCCCCCUCCCCCACCCACAACCACCCCUAUCACCACCAUGAUCUCCACCCUCAUCACCACAUCCAUCCCGUACUACUUUGACUCACCCUCCCCUCCCUUACCCCCAAUCCAUCACAACCCUCCUGGGCCUCUUCCGCCUUACGAGGACCCCCUUCAGAUCUCCUUCCACGUGGUCAACUCCACCAGUAUCGAGGUGAGCUGGGCUUCCUACUUCACCGUCACCGCCUACAAGGUCACUUGGGUCAAAAGGGGCCAAAGCCAAAUAAACGAAGGGAUGCGGGAGAGGACGGUGAGCGGGGACCGGCGGCAGAUCAGCCUCACCAACCUGGAGCCCCGGUCCGUGUAUCGGAUCUGCGUGCACGUCUUGGACACCCUUAACUCCUACCGUCCCGGAGAGGAUACUAUAUGCUCUGAGGCCAGGACCAAGGCUGUUGCGUCUACGAAGCCUCCCGGUAGAGAGCAGGCUCCUCAGGAGAGCAUCAACUCCACGCUGCUAAUGGCUGGGAUCAUAGGCGGGGCGGUGCUCAUCGUCCUGGUGACGCUGCUCAGCUUGUUCUGCUGGCACAUGCACAGGAAGAGCCGGUCGUCUUCGACCAAGUGGAAAUACAACCGGGGCAGGAGAAAAGACGACUACGGCGAGGCCGGGACCAAGAAGGAUAACUCCAUUCUGGAGAUGACUGAGACCAGUUUCCAGAUUGUGGCGCUGAACAAUGAGCAGCUGCUGAAGGGAGAUUUCCGCAUUCAGCCCAUCUACACGCCCAACGGGGGCAUUGGAUUUAGAGACUGUCACCUCAGUAACAACAGCAUAGCCUACUGCAAGAGCAGCAACGUGCCCAGUACAGAGUUCUGCCACACGUGAUGCGGCGGCACAUAGUAGAGCGGCAUUCACACACACACACAUACCGAAAAAACACUAAUGCAUAAAUACACAUUUGUGAAGAAAAACAUAGUGAAAUAUAACUGUACUAUAUAUAUUUCCAAGUUCUGUCUACAAUGUAAUUUAUACUGUGGAUAAUAAUGUGGGAUUCUCUGCUAUCUUUUUUAUCUUAGAAGAAGAGAUACAAGUGUUUCUUUUUUUUAUAACCAGCAGGGUUUUGAACGUUGUUUUAAUGGUCAGUACUGUACACGAACACGGAUUUGUACAAUCACGGCACCCUGGGUGUAGCUUCUGACGGACGCCGUCAGCCGUGGAAAUGUUGGGGCGCUUUAAGAGGGCUGGGAUCCUUUGCUAACCACAGAAGCAAAAAAAUAAUAAUAAUAUGGCCUCUUUUUUUUUUUUUUUUGGCUCUUUGAAAUCCUGCGAGCUACAACAGAACGGUAGUAAAGACAACACAGCACAGGGGAAAUCCAAACACUGCUGAUUAGUGGAAAUACAGCACUGGUUCACUGCUGGUGAAAAAAGAAGUGCACUUUUUUAUUAACCCUUUGAAAACUGGAGCAACGUAGCUUUUCUUGUGCUGAUUUCAGAUGCUUU